GGAUAUAAAACUGUGCCUCUCGCUGUUAUGUUUACAGUAACUUACAGACCGCUCAGGAAAGAGGAGACUAUGAAAAAGCGCAGCGGCUCCAUUCCACCACAUGGUUCACAAACUGCUCAGAUAAGCUGCGCAGACAGCCAGACUGAAAUAAGAGAGUUACACGGCUCUCCACAGCAAAGUGUUUUCAGCAUUACAGGUCAAGUUUUCAGCCGCACCGGCAGUUGAACCGUUUCUAUCGGGAUUUGAACCUGUUUUCGCAUCUUUUGAGAGAAAUACAAGCUGGGACCCGAGCUCAAAGAGUCCGCACUGGCGCUGAGGACAUCUGAACGGAGACCCAGGGACGCAAAGGAACUUUUUUCAAGUCAACCGUCACAGCACUGCUUCCUUAUCCGCUGACAAGAGAGAGUGCGGACAUAUCUGUACUCUUGUGCACUUUUCCCGUCAGUUUCGUUGCUGACCACGAACUAUCUAGUAUUGUUUUCCUCUGUUUUUUUUUAACGAGAACCGAGACUUUCUACCGAGACAAUGGUGCAGCACAUGAGCCAUGUGGAGAGCGCGCACGCUCUCUCCCCCGGCUCGGACUCCACAGACUCCGGCGAGAUGGACCUGGAGAUGGACACGUCUCCCACCCCGGAGUCCCCCUCCUCCAGCGACCGAGCCGACGUGGCGUGGUGCAAAACUCCAACGGGACACAUCAAGCGACCCAUGAACGCCUUCAUGGUCUGGUCCCAGAUAGAGAGGAGAAAGAUUAUGGAGCAGGCGCCGGACAUGCACAACGCGGAGAUCUCCAAGCGCCUGGGGAAACGCUGGAAGCUGCUGAAAGACAUGGACAAAAUCCCCUUCAUCCGUGAGGCGGAGCGGCUGAGACUCAAACACAUGGCCGACUACCCAGACUACAAAUACCGGCCAAGGAAGAAGGCCAAGUCGGUGAGCGGAGCCACCAAGACGGAGCGCUCCGCCAAGUCCGCGAUCAAAAGGAGUCCCAUCAAGGGGACGAGCAGGACGCACAAGCAGGGUGGCGCCAAGUCAAGCGCGGGGCAGGACUACGCGUCUCCCGCGGACCACCAACACCACGCGGCGCUUUUGAAACCCAGGUCGGUGUCCGGCGCCAGACAGAUACCGGAGAAGCAGCAGCAGCAGCAGGCGAGGCGCGGGCACAUGUUCGGCGGGGCAGGCAGCUUGGAGAGCGGACCUCCUUCAGUGGGCGUGCCGGCCAGUCCCGCGCUCAGCAGUUCGGCGGAGUCCAGCGACCCGCUCAGCCUCUACGAGGACCAAGUCCCCGGGGCCGCCGCGGGACACUCGCCGGUAGCGGCCGCGCGCCUCCGGUACGCGCGCGCCUCCUCCCCGACCCCGUCGGCCUCGCACUCCUCAUCGGUGUCAUCUUCCUCAUCGUCAGAUGAAGAACUGGAAGACGAGCGCGUGGAGCAGAGCCAAAGCCCCAGCUUCGAGAGCAUGUCCCUGGGCAGCAUGGGCGUCUCCGAAGCCGAGCUGGACCGAGACUUGGACUGGAGUUUCGGGGAGUGCGGAGCGGGUUCUCACUUCGACUUCCCCGACUAUUGCACCCCCGAGGUCAGUGAGAUGAUCUCAGGCGACUGGCUAGAGUCCACCAUCUCUAACCUCGUGUUCACGUACUGAACCACAACUCUCUCUCUCUGUAGACUAGAGAAAGCGCGUCCCGCCUUUAAACACGAGCCCCGAGAGGCAAGUAUAUAGCGCGAGAGACCCCGACAUUUCCCGCCAUUCUUUCAUGAAGCACGGGAGAGUGUGACAGGGAAAAGGUGCCCCGCUCGUCCGCCGAGCCCCAAGUACGGGCGCUCCACAGCCAGAACACAGACUUGGAAAGCACUUAGUGUGUGUGUGUGUGUGUGUGUGUGUGUGUGUGUGUGUGUGUGUGUGUGUGUGUGUGUGUGUGUGUGUGUGUGUGUGUGUGUGUGUGUGUGUGUGUGUGUGUGUGUGUGUGUGUGUGUGUGCGUGCGUGCGUGAGAACGCGUGCGCGCGCGCGCGCGUGUGUGUGUGUGUGUGUGUGCUCGCUGAUCGCAGAGCACCCGGCGCGCAGAUGGAGAAAUGCUUAGCUUGCAUUUGGAGAAACGGAGAGCAGGAGUGAAUGUACAGCAGAGACACCACGCCUAUGUGAGCAGCAGUGAAAACUGAAGCGAGACUCAUUGAAACACUUCAUCCGACCGGCGGAGGAUGUGUGUGUGUCUGCUCUCACGGAGGACUGAACAGUGAAUAUUUAUGUUAUGUAGUGCAAGGGGCGAAACGGAUCUGUGGGUUUGGAGAGUUCGCCCUCUUUUGGGCAACCUGAUUGUUUAUGAUAUAGCCAAUUCACACGGACCAUCAAGUCGAUAUUCAGGUGUAAUUUUCUGAGCUCAAAAUUGAUUUCUACAUGAUACACGCAUGCCCUCCCGUAAGGAGGAUUUUGUUGUUAUUAUAUGCGUAAACGUGUUCAUUGCUGCGUAAUUACGCAACGUGUGCGACCAUGGCACACUGUUCACUAUCACCAGCUUCUAAUUCAACGGCAGGACUUUAAAAAAUGACUCAAACGUUCAGAAUCUUUUUCUGAACCUUUUACACUCAGUGCACAAUUCAGGACCAAUGCUCCCUACUCGCAUUUCUGCCUAGUGCUUGCAACUUUGUAGUUCCUCUGUGUCAGAUGACGUUUUUAUAUCAAUGUAUUUAUACCGGCCAAACAUUUUAUACUACGAAGUAUUGUUCUCGUACAGGUCUCGUUUGUGUGUGCACAUACACCUGUCUGUAUCCAGCGCGGAAGGGCUAGAAGUGUAUCUUAUUUAAAUGUCGACUUUUCUCACUUUUAAGGAGAUUGAGUGUGUCAUGAUUUUCUACUUGUAUUUUUGUACAAAAUAUAUGGAGGGGCGGAAAAUGGGUAGCCUACUACAUUGUCGUUUGGAUCUCCAAUGUUUAGAACCACGGAGGGGUUUGUUUGGCACAAUCUGACCUCACACAAUGUUUACAGUAUUUACCCACAUGCCUCUUAAAGGCACAGUGACUCAAUUUCACCAGCCAAGUAAACAAAGCGCUCCUUACAGUAACCACACCACAGACACACACAUCCAUAUGAGAGUCAGUGUGUGAAUAAAGCUCAUUCCUCUGUGUGCUUUUAUUGUGAUAAGUUUAAUUUGAACCACUGGAUUGAAUUUCAUACUCAUUCCACUUGCCUAGACUUGGAAGGAGGGGGAUCUAUGAAGUGCAUCAUCUGUUAUUGCGCAAAUUACAUAAACAUAGUAUUUAAUCUUUUCUGUACCUGGUGGCUAAGUAUAGCAGGCUAAUUGUUUUCCUAUAUUACGGCAUGGCAAAUAGCAUUUGUAUUUCAGAUUCAGGUAUAUGUAGCUAUAGCUGUUGUGUUUAAGAUUUUUAAAAGAAUAAUAACAUGGAGAUAUUUAUGUAUACUGUAUUAUAAGCAAAGAUUGUGUGUUUUUUGUAUAUGAUCAACGACAGGCACUAGAGUGGCCAUCUUUGACAUCUGUGUGUUGAAGAUGAUUGUGCUCCAGGAGUUUUAUUUUAUUUUCAUUUAUUUUUGGAAAUCUUUUCUAUUGUCCUUUUUCUUUUUUUUGAUUUCAUUUGUGCAAUACGCAGUGUGUAUGAAGAUGUUUUGUUCAAUCAUGCCAAUAUCAUUUGAUGUUUAGAACUCAAAAAACCAGCCAACGUUUGGGUCAGUCUCUGCCUCACACACCUCUGUACAGAUUGUCAUUUUUUUUAUUUUACUCUAAUUUUUUUCCAUAAAGGAAAUAAAAUCAGCUGGAACUGAAAAGUA